AUGGCACUUUUCUUCCUGUACUCUCCUACCUUUGCAUUUCUCGCCCUCUUUCAGGCGUUUAACCUUGUAUAUUGCCAAUCUUAUAUUGGUGUCAACUAUGGGCAGGUCGCCAAUAAUCUUCCCCCACCUUCAGCUACUGCCAAGCUUCUUCAAUCCACCUUCAUAGAGAAGGUCCGAUUGUACGGAUCAGAUCCUGCCAUAAUCAAAGCCCUCGCCAACACCGGUAUAGGAAUUGUCAUUGGAGCAGCAAAUGGUGACAUACCUGCUCUUGCUUCUGAUCCCAACUUCGCAAAAGACUGGAUUAACUCCAACGUGAUCCCGUUUUACCCUGCUAGCAAUAUCAUCCUCAUCACGGUAGGGAACGAGGUCAUGACCUCUAAAGACCAUAAUUUGAUCAAUCAAUUGCUACCGGCAAUGCAAAAUCUCCACAAUGCCCUAAACGCCGCAUCUCUGGGCGGAAAGAUUAAGGUCUCCACCGUACACUCCAUGGCGGUGCUGAGACAAUCCGAACCUCCAUCCUCCGGACGGUUCCACCCGAGCAUGAUGAACGUCUUAAAGGGAUUGCUUAGGUUUAACAAUGACACCAAUUCGCCCUUUGCAAUCAAUCCUUACCCAUACUUUGCAUACAAAAGCGAUCCGAAUAGGCCUGAGAACUUAGCGUUUUGUCUCUUUCAACCAAACUCAGGCCGGUUUGAUUCAAACACAAAAAUCAAGUACGUGAACAUGUUCGACGCUCAGGUUGAUGCGGUUCGUUCUGCUUUGAACUUUGUGGGGUUUAAGGACGUGGAGAUCGUGGUUGCCGAGACUGGCUGGCCUUACAAAGGAGACAAUAAUGAGGUUGGUCCAAGUCUUGAGAAUGCCAAGGCUUAUAACGGUAACUUGAUUGCUCACCUUCGUUCCAAGAUUGGGACGCCAUUAAUGCCAGGGAAAUCAGUGGACACGUACAUCUUUGCGCUUUAUGACGAGGACUUAAAGCCUGGGCCAACUUCUGAACGCGCCUUUGGGCUUUUUAAACCUGAUCUGACCAUGACCUACGACGUUGGACUUAUCAAGCACAAUAACCAGGUUCCUAAUAAUACAAAGAAAUAUGCAUGGUGUGUGCCAAAACCAGGCGCAUCUGACGCCCAGCUUCAAGCAAAUUUGGAUUAUGCUUGUGGACAUGGGAUUGAUUGUAGCCCAAUCCAAUAUGGUGGGCCUUGUUUUGAGCCCAACACAGUGAUAUCACACGCGGCAUAUGCCAUGAACCUCUAUUACCAAACUUCGGGUCGCUAUCCUUGGAAUUGUGAUUUCUCCCACACGGCCAUGUUGUCAUCCAGUAACCCUAGUUAUAAUAAUUGCGUUUAUCCAGGGGGAGGCAUCUAAAAAUGAGGUUUCCUUGCUUUUGUGAUUUGAGAAUGAAGGGGGUGUUGUGAAAAUAAAAGUAAAAAGCAUUUAAUAAGAGAAAAAAUUGCAGGAGAGGUGUAGAUAAUUGGAGAUGAGAGCAGUGGAA